AUGGCAACUAAGUCUUCAGUAAAACCUCCAACUGAAGUUGUCUCUGUGAAAUGGGAGCAUUUCGGCACUCUUCGGCGUUUCCAGCUGAAGAUCGAUAAGAAAUCUGAUCUGUUUUCUAUAUUAUUGUCGAAAAUCAGAAGUCUUGUCGGUACCUUCGAAUACAGUUUGGGAUGGAAAGAUGAGGAUGGUGACGUAAUUUGCUUUUCCAGUGAUGAAGAAUUACGAGAUGCACUCCAUUACGUUAAUAACUGUCUUCGGAUUCAUACGAUUGCUCAUGAUUGUCCAACAGACGAAAGUAAAGGGACUGCAAAGAAAAGUGAGAAAGUGAAGGAGAAUCAUCCACAUGUUACGUGCAAUCACUGUAAUCAACCGGUUUUUGGUAUUCGGUAUAAGUGUGGUGUAUGCGAUGAUUUCGAUCUAUGCGAAGAAUGCGAGAAGGAAGGAGUGCAUGCUUAUCAUGGAAUGUUUCGUUAUGCGACACCGCGAACACCGAAAAUAGAGACUUUUCCACGCUUGAGACGCAAGUGGCGGCAUUCUGGGGGCUGUCGAGAUCCUUUUAUGCAGGAUGUCUUUGGGCAAACUGCUGCAACUGCCGCUCAUGUUGCUCAGCAAGCUGCUCAACAAGCAAGCAAGCAUAUUGCAGAAUAUGCUGCUAAACAUGCUGCAACAGUAACGAGACAGUUUGCUGACAGUACGGGAAAUGCAUCAAACAAUGUUAAUAAUCCGCCGCAGUAUCGGAAGUCUGUUGCUCAGAGCAUGGAAUAUUUGAAAGAAUUUGGUACGCAUAUUCAACAAGCUCUUGCUAAUUUCGGGAUCGAAGUUGAUAUGGAAGUUGAGCAAAAUGAUACAACUGAAAAACAGCAAGAAACGAAUAAUAGUGGUGCGGAAUGUAAGGAAACGAAUAAUAGUGGUGCGGAAUGUAAGAGGGAGGACAGUAGUGGAAUGAAAAAAAAUGAGCAAUUACGGAAUGACAGUGAAGUUAUUGCACAAAAGGAUGAUAAUUCUGAAACAGAAAAUGAGGCUGGAAAGCGAAGAAUUGAUGGACAGGAUUCAAAGAUUGAAUCAGACAAUUUGCAUGUGCCGAUGAAAAAAAUGCACAUAUCGGAUGAUGAGUCAGUAAAAUGUGACCUUAAAAAGUCUGAGCAUAGCACUUUUGUUGAUGAAGGUUCUGAUGAAUGGACGUUAAUGGGCGUUACUGGUUCAGCUCCACCGCUGUCUCCUGCUGCCAGUGAUGAAAGUUGUAAAGCGGGUACGCCAUUCAUAGUUCCGUUAUCCGGGCCGCAUAAUCCGCACUGUCAUUUUAUAUAUCCAGAUAAAAAAAUCGCACUUUGUGUGGAGCAAUUAGAAGGAAUGGGUUUCGACAAUUGCAAUGGUUGGCUUACGAAACUUGCUGCGGAUUAUGGUGGUGAAAUUGAUUCUGUUAUUGAGAAUAUGAUUGCAGAUCCUGCUUAUAUAAGACAUUAUGAGAGCUAUGUUUAA